CAGGUGACCAGUGGUGCCAGAGACCACCUGGAUGUUUGUUUUUCAUUUCUUUUUCCUUUUUCGUCAGGACCGGGACCACAGUGAAACUCGGGAUCGUCACAGAAAGAGUCCAUCAAAUGAGAGAGAACGCGAGAGUAAGGACAGAAAACGGAUGAGUCUGGAUUAUCCCGACGGAGCAAGUGAGGGAGAAACAAAGAGACGUAGAAGUGUAGAACCUCAGCAUACUCAUUCCAGUUCAAAGAUAAAUGGAGAUUCCGAUAAACAUCACAGCAAACGUGACCAGUCCAGGGAUAGACUAGACGGCCAUGUUAAAAUUAAGGUCAAGGAGGAACCAACAGAUGAUUCCCAACAAAAGUCAAAAUCAAAAGACAAAAGUAAAACCAAAGAAAAAACAAGGGACAAAUCAUCAAGUUCAUCUAAGAAGAGUAAGAAAUGAUACUUAUGUGCUUAUAAAGUACAAGAAGUGCUAUGGAACAAACAAAUGGAGGGAACUCCAAUAUCACAAAGACGGAUA